GGAAUAAUAUCUGUCUUCUCACCUCUUUCCAUUAGUAAUCGACCAAGCUUCCUGUUGAUCCCCUCUCAUUUCUCUUCUUCACACUCACACAACAGUCUGUAUUCCUACGUUUUUCUCUGCUUUCACAGAAGCUAUCUUGUGUCAUCGCUUUAAGAGAUAAUGGCGCUUAGAGAGCUGCUUCUAUAUAUAGUUUUGCUUCUGGUUAUUUCUCAGAUGUCGUCGCAGUCGUACCAGGACGAAGAUCAAGACAUUGAUCUCAAUCAGAUUCCUGGCAGUGGUGGGAACGGGAGCUCAAAAGUUGGCAUAGAUUGCCCAAAGUUGUGUGGAGAGAGGUGCAAGCUCCAUUCUCGACCCAACAGGUGCCUGAGAGCGUGCGGGACGUGCUGCGACCGAUGCCAAUGCGUGCCGCCGGGCACUUCCGGCAACAAGGAGGUCUGCGGCACAUGCUACAUCAACAUGACCACCCACAGAAACGAAUCCAAGUGCCCUUAGACACCCAAUCUCUCUCGCUAUCUCAUCAAUGUUAUCUUUCUCUCUUCUAAACAUAUAUUUCUGAGGUGUAGUGUGAGAAGCCUUGGUUAUAUGUAUCUACAUGUGUGUGUCUAUUAUGUGGUUUUGCAGAGACUCGGUCUGGCUUUAGUGUGCCCUAGUUGUAAUAAUCAUCAGAAGUAUAUAUGGCUUCAUCUCUGUCUAAGUAUUUAAAUU